UCAACCACACUGAUCUUCGUAAAAGUAUUAGAUAACUUGCUUCUAAUAUUUUUAUUUCUGUAAUAAGUAAAUAAGUUUAUUAACCAAUCAAGGAAAAUGCAAGGACUUGGGCUUCAAAGUUUAAAAAAAAAUCCAGCAUUGAUUCCACUAUACGUGUGUGUUGGAGCGGGAGCUAUUGGAGCCGUCUACUAUAUGGCUCGGCUGGCUACUCGAAACCCAGAUGUCACUUGGAACCGCACAUCAAAUCCCGAGCCAUGGCAAGAGUACAAAGACAAACAAUAUAAGUUUUACUCGCCUGUGAGGGAUUAUUCAAAAACUAAGAGUGCUGCACCAAACUUUGAUGAAUAAAUUACGUUUAUUGGGUUAUUGUAAUUUAAAUAAAGAAAAUGUUUCAAAUUGCAUAAGAAUAUUAAAAUAACCCACUACAUUGCAUCAAGAAA